UUUUACCAACAUUCAUACCAACUUGUUCUCUCAUCUAUCAAACAACAAUACACAACAUUUCUUCCUUUACCACUAUCAACACACUAGCUUGUUUCUUUUUUCUUCUUGAAUCUUCAUCAUGUCAAUUCAUUGUUACCCUGAAUUUCAUAGGAUAAUAUUGCAAGAUAAGAAGCUUAGGAUUCCCAAGAAAUAUGUGGAGAAAUAUUGGAAACAUUUAUCAAACCCAAUAUUCCUUAGAUUUCCAAAUGGUGUUGAAAAAAAAAUAUUUUGGGUGGAGAGAAAUGGUUAUAUUUGCUUUCAAAAAAAUUGGAAAAAUAUUUCAAAGUCUCUAAAAUAUGGAUAUCUCUUAACUUUUAAAUACUUAGGUGGAACAUAUUUUAAGGUUAAGAUAUUUGCUGGUAAUGCUUUAGAAAUAAACUACUCCAAUAUCAAAUCCAUAGAUGAAGAUGAAGUUGUUGAAGAUGAAGAAGUUAUUGAAGUGAGUGAAGAAGAGUGUGAAAUAGUUAAACAACCUCAAAGGACAACAAAAAGUAAGAGAAAAAUUCACAUGGAUUUGGAUUCUACACAACAAAAAAUUUCUAGUGGUAACAGAAGAGGCAUGGUCAAAAGGGUUGAAAAAUGUUCAACAAGUGAAAAUCCCUUUUUUGAAAUUAAAUUGAGAAAAUCGUACGCUUAUGGCAACUUCAUGGCAUUACCAAGUAAAUUUUCAAGAGAACAUUUGGAAAAUUUUGUAGGCACUGCAACACUACAAGUUGGUAACGUCGACAUGGCUAUGAAAGUGAGAAUGAAGUUUGAUUAUGAAAAUAGAAGAUCUAUUCUAAGUGGUGGUUGGAAGUUAUUUAGCGAAAAAUAUAACUUGCAAGUUAAGGAUUCUUGUAAGUUUGUCAUGAUUCAACGCCAACCACUUUUAUUCACUGUUAUUAUUAAACGAUCCAUAUAAAGGGAUCAAGUCCUAAGAAGUUGCAAUGUUUG